AUGGCUAACUUUACUAGGUUUAUAUAUUUCAAUGCAUUCCUAUGCGAUCAACAACUGAUUACUGAUCACAACAUAACCUCCAAUUACUCCGUAUUCAUGAAACUGCAAUCAAACAAUGAUUUCGACACUUAUUUACCUUUUGCGUUUGGCAUCACCUGUACAUCAGUCGGUCCAUGUCUUGUGGACCUCAAGAAUCUGUUCAAACAAAAGGACGUGAAAGUUUCAAUUCUAUCGGAUAUAUCAUUGGAAGUCUUUGUAAGUGGAUUUGUGUACAAGAAAAUUAACCGUCAGAUUAGGACAAUAUUGUUGUUAAUACUAUUAGGCAUAUCAUUGAUAUUCAUACCGCGGGCGUCGCUGUAUGUGUUGUACGCGUGCGGGUUUGUCAUUGGUAUCGGCGGCGGCUCUUGGGAUAGCACUUACAACGUGUGGAUCAUUGAGAUGUGGCGACACAAGAGCGCACCCAUACUUCAACUCUCGCAGUUUGCGUUUGGAUUGGGCAGUAUUGUCGGCCCACUCAUCGAUAAGCCAUAUAUCGUGGGCGACACUCAGGACAACCUGAAGGGAACCGUUGAAGUGCACCCAUCGCUGGGCACACCGUUUGCCAUUAUUGGCAGUACACAACUAUUGGGCGCUAUAUUCAUGCUAAUAAUGUAUUUGAUUAAGAAGUACGAGAAACCGGAACCAAUUGACUACAAUAUAGACAUCGAUACAAAAGACGUGGAGAAGGAGACCACAGACUCGGCCGACAAUCGGGUAAAACUAGGAACAGAUAGCGGAGCGCCGGUCAAGACAAUCAUCACAUUGUGUGCCAUAUGUUUUGCCUCAUUCACUGUCGUAGAGAACUGUCACUUUCAGUUCUCCGCCACUUUCAACCAAUACAUACCAUUAAAACUCUGUGCGCCAAAAGCGGCGCUUAUCUUAUCGCUGAUGGCCUCCUGUUUCACGUUAGGUCGCGGCUUAGGACUGUCGGCGAUGUGGGCCCUAAUGCUAUCGUUCAUCGAUCAAUAUAUUGUGAUUACAGAACAAAUUGGUUCGGUAUUAAUAUUUACGGUGGGAGUCAUGUCGGCCGCGACUCCCAUAUUAAUCGGGGCUUACAUUGAGACCGAACCCAUGAUUUUAGUAAUAUAUUAA